ACGAAGGGACAGCGGCGACGGCGGUUCCAGACCGGACGGCGUCGCGGUCAGGUAUGUCCUGCUCCCUCUCCCCUCACUUAUCCCGACCGGACAGCAUCAGAUUCUAGGAGAGUACAAUCAGCGUCAUUGACAUUCAGAAAAGCAGUUGGGGUAAAAGAAGCACACAAUGCUGCAUUUGUUCUUGUAGCUGGUGGUCUCGGUGAAAGACUUGGUUACAAAGGAAUUAAGGUAGCACUCCCCAUGGAGACAGCCACUGGGAAAUGUUUUCUUCAACAUUACAUAAAGUCUAUUCUGUCUUUACAAGAGGCGAGCUACAAAAUGGAGGGUGAAUGCCAUACGAAGAUCACAUUUGCUAUUAUGACUUCUGAUGAUACAAAUGCACUGACCAUCAAGCUUUUGGAAUCAAACUCCUAUUUUGGAAUGGAACCAUCACAAGUGAAAAUUCUAAAGCAGGUGGCUUUUUAUUUUGCCUUUUUUCCAUGUGUUUCUUAA